CAAGCUUGCACACCCAGAGUGGGACAUGGCACUCUGCAGCAGAACCCUCAAAAAGAUCUCAAGGCACCCCAGGGUCCCACAUCACACUAGUUGAGAGUCACUGGUCUACUGUAAUCCCCAGGUCCUUCUUUGCAGAACUGCAGCCAGCCAAUCUUUUCACAGUCUGCAUUGGUGUAUUCAGUUAUUCUGACUGUACCCAUCUAUGCCAGCAGAGUAAGUGAUGCACAGCUUGGGACUGCACUGCCUGAGCUCAAACCCCUGUCUGUGCUGACACACUGAGACAUUGAACAUUCUCCCCGUGGGAGGUCCCCCUCUACUUGCCUGCCACUUCUUGAUCUUAAUGAAAAUAAAGGGGAGGUAUGUUGUCAACCACCGUAAGGCAUGUUCUAUUUGUAGGUGUUUCUUGGGGCUUCUCCUUCCCUACACCCCAUCCACAUGCCAACCUGGGCCCGUCAGCCUUAUGGUGCUCGGUAUUCUAAUUGUAGGCAACCAGCCAGGUUUAGUAUUGUUCUUUCUCCAAGAACGUCUUGAUUAUAGGGACGUGACACGUGUGAUUAGUUCGAUUGCCCUUGAGAUGUUCCAGAUUCAAUUCUUCCAUAAUUAAUUCAUGAGUCAAAAGCAAAGUAUUCACAUUAAUACAUAAAUCACUGAAGUUCACGAUCAAAUUAAUUACAAACAUCUGAAAUCAAUUAAGUCAUGAUGGUCUAAAAAGUACAAAUCAAGUCAGUUUAUAAAUAAUUUUCAGGCCAAGUGAGCCCCCAAUGAAUUAAUGGGCACUCUUAAUUCAACAAACUCCCUGAUCGUGUAGCCCACUCUUAUAAUCACAUAAUUAAUUCUGGUCAUGUGGCUUUGAUCUGUUCUAGGGCUCCGUCAGGAUACAGCGCAACAAAAAGAAACAAAGCCAUAGGACAACAAAAAAAAGAAGUGGUAAUGUCCCCGCCUCACUCACGCAUCCCACUUUUAACGUCUGAGUACUAGGGUCCAGGACAAAUCCUUUUCAGGGAGGCCCUGGGUCAUGGAAGAGAAAGAUACCCCUCUGGGUAUCCCGGCUGUGGAACCGGCUUGGUGCUUUCCUGGUCUCGGCGUUCUGGAGCUCACAGCAACUGGGCUGCUUCCUGCUACCCUGCCAUACGGUUUUGUUCAGGCUCUUGCAGCUGGUUCUUGGCAUGGACGUCUGACUUCACGCCCCAUGCACCUCUCCAGUCGCAGAGAGCAUUUAUUAAUAAACUAUGGAGAUAGUUCUGCUCGCUGCUCCGUGGUCUCCAUUCCUGUACCUGCAUCAGGAAUCCCAGAUGGAACAGAAAGCAGCGCUGCAGCCAGGUGGAUCUUCCUCCUUCAUGACUUUACCAACUGCCUUCUUCGCAACAAUAUAGGCAAGCAUAUUCCAAGGUUCCUAAAAUCCUAAAGGAUGUGUGCAAAUUGGAAGGAAGCUUAAUGACACAAACGUGAGGGUACUGCUAGAUAUACAGAAGUACUUCGGUAUCCAUGACAGCAAAGCCGGUUUAUUGCAGACAGCCUUCCUCGUAUGCUACAUGCUAUCUGCACCCUUCUUCGGAUACCUGAGUGACCGGUACAACAGGAAAAUCAUCCUUGGUGCUGGCAUCUUCCUCUGGAGUGGUGUGACACUAGGCAGUUCAUUUAUCACAGAAUCAUAUAGCUGGUUAUUCUUUCUUUCGCGAGCACUUGUUGGCAUCGGCACCUCCAGUUACGCCACCGUGGCACCAACUUUCAUUGCAGACCUAUUUAAGGAGGGGGAAAGGACCACAAUGUUGUCUGUCUUCUAUAUCUUCAUCCCAGUUGGAAGUGGCUUUGGUUAUAUUCUGUCAUCAAGUGUGACACAAGCUACUGGCCACUGGCAUUGGGCAUUCAGAAUAACGCCUUGCAUGGGAGGGUUGGCACUGGUUUUUCUCAUUCUGCUAAUCCCUAACACAACCCAGAGAACAGCUAAAGGUUUUGGAGGGCAAAGCAUCACCAACACAACCCAGGUAGCAGCCGAGAAGCAUGAACCACACAGCAGUGCCCACACAACCUGGUGCAAAGAUGUCAAAUCACUUGGCAAGAACUGGAGUUUCAUCUGGUCCACAUUGGGUUUUACAACUGUGGCGUUUGUGACUGGAGUCCUGGGAUUCUGGAUGCCGGCGUUUCUAUACAGGGCUGAACUCCUCCGUGGCAUUGUCUCUCCAUGCCUUGAGGAGCCAUGCAUGUCCUCCAACAGCUUAAUAUUUGGAGGAAUUACUGUUGGGACAGGAAUUUUUGGAGUCGUCACUGGGGCAGAAGUUGCAAAAAGAUGGAGGAAGAUUAACUCCAAAGCUGACCCUCUUCUCUGCUCCAUAAGUAUGUUCAUUUCUGCUCUGUUCCUCUACGUGGCAAUCAUGGUGGCCCAGGAAAACAUCAUAGCUACUUACGUUUUAAUUGCACUUGGAGAAUUUUUUUUAUCCUUAAACUGGGCCGUUGUGACUGACAUACUAUUGUGUAUAGUGGAACCAAAUUGCCAAUCAACAGGUAUUGCAUUGCAGAUUUUGGUGAGCCAUCUUCUGGGAGAUUCAGGCAGUCCGUACCUGAUUGGAAUAAUCUCUGAUGCCAUCCAGAACAAUCAUGUUGACUCGUACUUAUGGCAGUUUCGGAGCCUGCAGUACAGCUUCAUCACAUGUUCCUUCGUUGGAGUCCUUGGGGGAAGCUUUUUCCUUUUGACGACCCUUUACUUUGAUGGAGAUCGGAAGGAAGUUUUCCAGCUUUACAGAGGCAUUGAGAACGAAGUCUACGUUUCAAACGAAGAGGGCCUCGGGGAUGAGUUUCCCAAGGAGUAAAGGAGCUUCUGUUUCCCCCCCACCCCCCUAGUGAAGGUGCAGUUGGAGGAAGAGGCCAAAUCGCAAUCCCUCCAUAUGGCAGCAAAACCUGAAUACUAAUUUUUAUGACGCUUUCGACUGAGAGUCAAAAACUGCUAUGGAAUUGGCAUAUGGUGAACCUCCCCCCAUCUGCGAAACUGGCAUGAGUGAUCUGAGGAGGUUGGUGGCUCUGAACGCCAGGAAUAUAGAGCUGUCACAGACAUGACUAUUAUCCCAAAUAAGACAGUACAUUUUAAGGUGGAAUGUCUAGUAGAGAUGGGGCUGGGGUUCCUGUGAAUUCUCAGCAGGAUGAUAUUUGCUUAAAGGAUGUGGAGAACACAGCCAAAGAUGCCGUCUUCUCCAGCUCUUUUAUUAAUAACUAUGGAAGUCAAGAGCUGGCUGACUAGUCAGUAUCUGGUGCCAAGAGGAAAGAGACACGAGGUACCUCCAUGAAAUAUAUUCAUGGCCUCUUUAUAAUAUUGUGGGACUCUUGUGAAAAAACCAUUAUUCAUGUAUACCACCACUUAAAUACAAUGAUACUUUCUGUUUUUAGCUUUGGCUACCAUCUGGACCAUCUCAGAGCUAUUGUUCAGAUACCUCUUCGUGGAUAUUGUCAUGGAUGAUUGUCUUCCCAUCAAAGGGCUGUGCUCACCUGCACUGUAUUGUGAUCAAAAUGCAGAUGUCCUCCGCAGCGUCCCAGAGCCUGAGAUUUCUUCUUCACUGAAUCUUAGCAAGUUCUGGCAUUAUCAGCCUUUCACGUAGUACUGCCCCUCCCGAUGAACAGUAUGAAACAUCAAGCAUAACAAAGCAGGGCCGAGUGUGAAUAGCUGCUUGCUGUUGUAAACUGAGCACAUACUGAUGUGUGCAUUUUGUUUUGUUUUAAAUCUAUUCUAGAAAUUGAUUUGAACUCGGAAGGCCAAACUUGGUUUAUAUGGUGCCAUUGCCCCACUGACUUUGGCGUGGUAACAGUUGGAGCAGAACCCAAUGUUCCCUAGCGUUAUAAAUAUCUCAAAUUUUUAAAAUGUUCAAGUCAGUGAAAAUGAACUUGGAGAGCUUUCAUCAUUAAUCAAAUAAAUGUCACAAUGCAGAACUA